GCGGUGACUCCGCCCUCCUACUUAUACUGCGAUUCCUUGCAUCCUAGCGUUUGGGCGGAGUAGAAAGUUCAAGGGGGAGGAGGACAAAGAUGGCCACUCUCGUGCUGGAUAACGGCGCGUAUAAUGCCAAGAUCGGCUAUAGUCAUGCUAAUGUCAGUGUUAUUCCCAACUGUCAGUUUCGCUCAAAAACUGCUCGUUUGAAAACAUUUACAGCUAACCAACUGGAUGAAAUUAAAGAUCCAUCAGGGCUUUUUUAUAUUCUCCCUUUCCAAAAGGGCUACUUAGUAAACUGGGAUGUUCAGAGACAAGUAUGGGACUACCUUUUUGGAAAAGAAAUGUAUCAGGUGGACUUUGUUGAUACAAAUAUCAUCAUCACAGAACCUUAUUUCAACUUCAGUUCAAUACAAGAAUCUAUGAAUGAAAUAUUAUUUGAAGAAUACCAGUUCCAAGCAGUUCUUAGAGUAAAUGCUGGGGCUCUUAGUGCCCAUAGGUACUUCCGGGAUAAUCCAUCAGAACUGUGUUGUAUCAUUGUGGACAGUGGGUAUUCUUUUACACACAUUGUGCCUUACUGCAGAAGUAAAAAGAAGAAAGAAGCAAUUAUAAGGAUUAAUGUUGGAGGCAAACUCUUAACCAAUCAUCUAAAGGAAAUUAUCUCUUACAGGCAACUUCAUGUUAUGGAUGAGACCCAUGUAAUUAAUCAGGUGAAAGAAGAUGUAUGUUAUGUUUCACAAGACUUUUUUAAGGACAUGGAGAUCGCAAAAUUGAAAGGGGAAGAAAAUACUGUAAUGUUGGACUAUGUUUUACCAGACUUCAGCACAAUCAAAAAAGGAUUUUGUAAGCCAAGAGAAGAAAUGGUCUUAAGUGGAAAAUACAAAACUGGUGAACAAAUACUUCGUCUUACAAAUGAGCGAUUUGCAGUUCCAGAGAUACUCUUCCAUCCUUCUGAUAUUGGCAUUCAAGAAAUGGGAAUUCCUGAAGCCAUUGUUGAUUCAAUUCAGAAUUUGCCAGAAGAAAUGCAGCCUCACUUUUUCAAGAAUAUUGUUUUGACUGGGGGAAACACUCACUUUCCUGGCUUCAGGGAUCGUGUGUACUCUGAAGUUCGAUGCCUCACUCCAACAGAUUAUGAUGUUUCUGUAGUUCUGCCAGAGAAUCCUAUCACAUAUUCCUGGGAAGGUGGAAAGCUGAUUUCUGAAAAUGAUGAUUUUGAAGAUAUGGUGGUAACAAGAGAAGACUAUGAAGAAAAUGGGCAUAGCAUAUGUGAAGAGAAAUUUGAUAUUUAAAUGUAUCACUUGGAUAGGAACAAUCUACUGUAUAUAUUGAUAAUUUAACUGGCUAGUUUCCUUAAGCUGGAGUCAUGUUCUAGACACUGAACUUUAUAUACUUUUUAUAUAUAAAUAAUUUAUUGGGUUUUUCCCCUUUACAUUCCUGGCUGCUUAAAUCUCAUUUUAAAAAACCUGAAUACAAAGAAUAUUACAUCAAAGUGUCUCAAAUUAAUGUUAGAAUAUUCUGUAUCAAAUUGAAAUCACAGAUUUGAUAGUGAAUCCAACAUUUAUUUGGACAUUUUAUUCUGGAAUUUAGAGAGAUGGUAAUAUAGAUGUAAGAAAGGCACAUAAUCACUGAAAAAGACUGGGUACUGAUUCAUUCAAAUCCUGUUUAAUCCUAAUCAGGUAUAAUACUAUAUUAAAGAGGGAUUUAAAAAGGAGCAUUUUCUGCUUGCUCUGAUGUGGGGUGGGGGGAAGGGAGCAGCUAUAGGUACCAUAGUCCAGUAAACAGUACUGUAACAGUUCUUUUUAAACAGUUUAGUUUUCUAUGCCUGAUUUGAAUCUCAUCAAAAUCUCUCUGUGUUAUAAUGUGAUGUGAUAACAACAAAAACAGUAAAGCUGUAUGAGUAGAUUAAGAAA